AUACCUCUCUCUUGCUUCCCUCGUAUCUCCCCCGAAUUUUUUAGUUUUUAAACCCUCCGCCCUUCUCGCCUCCUCUCUCUCUCUCUCUCUCUGUGUAUCUGAGCGUGUGUUUUCUCGCCUAUGGGGCAGGUAUUGGCCACCAUUCAGGAUAAAAUCCACGGGAGGCGGUGGAAGGAGAGGCAGAUACGGAAGAUAUCCGAUCAGGUCUUUGACCACAUCAGAGACGCCGACUCCACAUCGGACGGCGGCGGCGGCCUCUCUUUCGCGGAACUCUACAUCGCCGUCCUUCGCGUCUACAAUGAGAUCAACAAGCACUUGCCUGGGCCCCACCACGACCCUCCCUCAAGGGAGAAGUUGAAAGCCAUGAUACAGGAAUAUGAUAUUAAUCUUGAUGGGCUUCUUGACCGUGAAGAGUUUGCAGAAUUCAUUCGUGAAUUGACAGCUGAUACCAUAACUGCAGUCAGUCGGAAUCUGAUAAUUGCAUUGGUAGUGACUCCAACAGUGGCGCUGAUGGCCAAGAGAGCCACUGAAGGGGUGCCUGGUGUGGGCAAAGUAGUGCAGAGGCUGCCAAAUUCUGUGUAUGCCUCAAUUGUUGCCCUAGGGGUUGUGUUAGCCCAAAAAUCCGGUGAACGUUGUGAAUAACCUAGCUGGGAAUUGCACAAAUGUUUCUCAAAACUGAUUUGGUGCUUUUCUCUUUCUUUUGUAAAGGAUAACAUAUCUACUCAUGUCCGUCGUCAUUAUCAGAUAAUACAACAUUUGAAGACAUUAGCUGUUCAUCCUAGCUAUUUUUAGGUGAUCAAAGGAUUUAAAUAUUUAAUAUAUCUAGUGAUAUGCUAGGCUUCUGUAACGGGUUUAUGGUUUGGUAGAUGUUUUAAUCAUGCUACGAUUUUGUCCAUUUGUGCUGUACUUCUAGUCUCUAUUUUGCUUGAGCUGCUUUCUAUUGUAAACUUUCAACAAUUCCGAUGCCAGAAUAAAGAGGAAAUUGAGCUUUCCUUU